AUGUAUCUCAUUAACGUCCUCGCUCUCCUGUACACAACCGCCUCUCCUUCAGUCAAUGUUUAUGAGCCUCCUGCAGCAUCUCUGCAGCUUCUGUCCUCCUGGACAAAUGUGUUCCCCACAGAGAGAGUGCAGCUCAUCUGCAACAUCAGCGGCGUCUCUGAUUGGACGAUCACCUGGCACAAAAACGGCCACGUUCAAGGUCCAGACAUAAGCGUGUCUUUCUCUGCGGACGGAUCAGUUCUGACUAUCACCUCGGCCGCACUGACACACACGGGAAGUUACAUCUGCAAAGGUCUACACAAAACAAAAGGGGUCGCCACUGAAAACAGUAACUCACUGGAAAUCGACGUUCAUGCAAACAAGCCAAAGCCAAGCGUGAGUCGACGACCAGACUUUGACAGGAUGUUCGUCAGGGAGUCAGUCACCUUCACCUGUGCUGUCAACAUGGGCUCUGGUUGGAAGUAUAAGUGGUUCUAUAACGGAGCUGAAGUCCACAACACUGACACUUACACUAUAGCUUCUUUAGGUCUGUCUAACAGCGGACGCUACACCUGCAGAGCAAAGAGAGGCUCAUUUGAGACAGACGAGAGUGAGACAGCCUCUCUGCAGGUCUCUGACCCACCGACACCGUCUCUGAAGCUGCUGUCUCCAUGGCUGAACGUGUUCAAAGGUGAGAGGGUGGAGCUGCUCUGUGAAGUCCAUGGCUCUGAUUGGUCGUACACCUGGUACAAACAACAACAGAAGUUGCUGCUGGACGUAAGCGAACCAUCUCUCAACAUCACUGAGAUCACGAAUGCUGACGAUGGAGUGUACACCUGCAAAGUUCACCUGGAGUCCAGGAACGUGAUCUCCAGAUUCAGCAAUAAUCAGACUGUCGUUGUUUAUGAAAACACACCAAAGUCAACCGUGAGCAGAGUCCCAGGCUUUAACCCCAUGUACGUUGGAGAACAUGUGAAAUUGACGUGCGAUGUGGACAUCGUCUCCCCUGGCUGGAACUAUAAGUGGUACAAAGAUGGACCGAUGCUAAUAUCUGCCACCAACAAAACCCUCAGCCUCCGCCUCGGUCUCACUGAUGGAGACAAUUACUCGUGCAAGGCCGUGAGAGGCGGAACUACGUGGACGGGCCUCAGCGCCAAAAUUACUCUUGAAGUUCGCAGAAUACCCGUCCCAAGGAUGAUGAACGCGACUCAGUGGUUGGACGUGUUUCGCACGGAGAGCGUGAAGCUGAGCUGUGGGAUGAUGGACGGCAGCUCUGGCUGGACGUACACGUGGUACAAAGACGGACAGAAGGUCCAGGCCGACGGUGUCGCGUCUCUGGACUCAGACGGGUCCACGUUGUCCAUCAAGUCUGCGUCAGUUCGUCGCACAGGACAGUACAAGUGUAAGGGACACCUGCUGGACAGGUCUGUCCACAGCAACGUCAGCGCUGGACAAACUCUCACAGUGUAUGAUGAGAUACCCAUUGGCACACUGACACAGGAUCCGGACUACGCUGUGAUGUUCUCGGGAGAGUCCGUCUCCUUCAGCUGCCACAUCGACGUCUCCUCUGGAUGGGAGUACAUCUAUUACAAAGACGGCAAUCGGCAGGCCAACACGGGAGUCGCAUUCACAGUCGAGUCCGUGCAGAAGGUGAACAGAGGAUCUUAUAAAUGCAAAGCGAGGAGAGGCAGUACCCCUGAAUUCUACAGCCGAUUCAGUCGCGACAUAAAGCUUAGCGUUGAAGAGAAAAAGCCCAAACCUCUGAUGACUCAGGAGCCAAACGCUGACAGGGUCUAUGUCGGAGAGUCGGUGUCCUUUGCAUGUAAAGUUGGGAUCUCGUCAGGUUGGGAGUUUCUCUGGUACAAAGAUGGAGCCGCGCUUCCUUACAACAGCAGCAGCUUUACAGUUCACCACGCCACCUCAUCGCAUGGCGGGGUUUACCAAUGCCAGGCCAAGAGAGACAAGUCUGCAUUCCACACAGAGCAAAGUGACAUGCAACACUUACAAGUGUCUGAAAUCCCUGUUCCAGCCGUGAAGAACGCGACUCAGUGGUUGGACGUGUUUCCCACGGAGAGUGUGACACUGAGCUGUGGGAUGAUGGACGGCAGCUCUGACUGGACGUACACGUGGUACAGAGACGGACAGAAGGUCCAGGCCGAUGAUGUCGUCUCUCUGGAGUCAGGCGGGUCCACACUGUCCAUCAGGUCUGCCUCAGCAGAACACGCGGGACAGUAUAGCUGCUCGGGGACGCUCAAGAUCCGGCCUGUCCACAGCAAAACCAGCACUGCACUGACACUCAGUGUUUAUGAUGAGAUACCCACUGGCACACUGACACAGGAUCCGGACUACGCUGUGAUGUUCUCGGGAGAGUCCGUCUCCUUCAGCUGCCACAUCGACGUCUCCUCUGGAUGGGAGUACAUCUAUUACAAAGACGGCAAUCGGCAGGCCAACACGGGAGUCGCAUUCACAGUCGAGUCCGUGCAGAAGGUGAACGGAGGAUCUUAUAAAUGCAGAGUGAGGAGAGGCAGUACCCCUGAAUUCAACAGCCGAUUCAGUCGCGACAUAAAGCUUAGCGUGGAAGAGAAAAAGCCCAAACCUCUGAUGACUCAGGAGCCAAACGCUGACAGGGUCUAUGUCGGAAUGUCGGUGUCCUUUGCAUGUAAAGUUGGGAUCUCGUCAGGUUGGGAGUUUCUCUGGUACAAAGAUGGAGCCGCGCUUCCUUACAACAGCAGCAGCUUUACAGUUCACCACGCCACCUCAUCGCAUGGCGGGGUUUACCAAUGCCAGGCCAAGAGAGACAAGUCUGCAUUCCACACAGAGCAAAGUGACAUGCAACGCUUACAAGUGUCUGAAAUCCCUGUUCCAGCCGUGAAGAACGCGACUCAGUGGUUGGACGUGUUUCCCACGGAGAGUGUGACACUGAGCUGUGGGAUGAUGGACGGCAGCUCUGACUGGACGUACACGUGGUACAGAGACGGACAGAAGGUCCAGGCCGAUGAUGUCGUCUCUCUGGACUCAGACGGGUCCACACUGUCCAUCAGGUCUGCCUCAGCAGAACACGCGGGACAGUACAGCUGCUUGGGGACGCUCAAGAUCCAGCCUGUCCACAGCAAAACCAGCACCGCACUGACACUCAGUGUUUAUGAGACAAAACCCCGAGUGACUCUGACGCGAACUCCCGAGUACGACGUGAUGCACACCGAAGACGCCGUCUCCUUCAGUUGCCACGUCAACGUCUCCUCUGGGUGGCACUUCCUGUGGUACCAAGACAACAGGCCACUCCCCGAGUCUGGGAACAAACACAACAUCGCGUCUGUCGUGACGAGAAACUCUGGAUCAUACAGUUGCCGAGUCCAGCGAGGGGCGAGCGCGGUCUUCCAGUCGGACCAGAGUCGGGCUGUAAAACUCAACGUUCAAGAGCGUCCGCAGGCUAAUGUCGCCCUGUUGACUGGCUGGUCAGAGGUUUUCUCCACCGACAGCCUGAUGCUCAGAUGUGAUGUUCAGGGAAGCAAGGACUUGUGGAACUACACAUGGUCCAGAGAAGGUCAGCAUACCAACCUGUCAAUCUCCAGGACACACAUGGUCAGGCCGGCCGACGACCCGCAGCAGAGUCUGUACACGUGUCAGGGCGUUCGCUCCGGGAGACCGUCGUACUCUCAACGCAGCGCUUCCUUCAAGACCAAGAACCUUCUCCUGAAGAGAAGGAUUCUUCUGUCCAUCUCCGGCUGCCUCUUCUUCGGCCUCGUCGCCGUGUUCCUCGGCUGCAUCGUCCUCAGAUUCACCCGCAAAUCAGUUGAUGAUGACGAGAAGCCAGAGGAAGAAAACCUGUUUCUCACCAUGGCUCAGCUGAAGGACCGAGAUGAUGCACCAAACCCGCUGGCUGAGUAUCUCACUGAUGAAGCGCUGAACGCUUCGUCUGAAGACGCAGAGGAAAACGGCAAGAUCAGCAGCGAAUCAACUCCGUUACCCAUAACCACUCAGGAGGAGCAAGCAGUGACACCCGAGAGCAAAGAAACGGACGGAAACAACGGCCUGGUUUCCUUCAAACAAUGAGCCACGACGCCUUCAUGGACAUCGGAAAGUUACGAUUUCAUAAAAAAUUAGAAAAUUCCACGGCGAAAUUUUUGAGCGUGCCUGCUGUUCUUGCUGCUGAUGUCAUCGGGUGCAGGACUUUUGCUGGUAAAGGAGUAACAUUGAACCUUAAAAAUUGAACCUUAAAAUCUUUUAAGUAUUUAGACAAAGUGGUAUUUUGGUGGAAUCACCCUUUACUCAUAAGCCCCUCCCACUCCCUGUCCUCCCCUCCCCCUUUCCAAAAAUCUGCAUCAUAAAAUCUUAAAAUUUGGAUUGAACCUUUAAAACUUGAAGUAUUUAGACAAAGUGUUAUUUUGGUGGAAUCACCCUUUAAAACACCAAGUUUUAAAGCAGAGACAGAGAGAUUCACACGUCCUCCGUUUCCCAUUCAUGUGUAUGUGGAAGAUCAAGUCGCACAUUUUGAUAUAACAUGUGUGGGGGUUUUCUCAAAACUGUGGGAGGAGUUACACGGCAAAGUUUUGGGUGGAAGAAUAACAAUUCAAUACAGAGAGCCUGACAAGCCCCUCCCUAAUUCCCCCCCUGCCCUCCUCUUUCCAAGCACACACCUCUGCCAAACUGUCCAAAACCUUUUGUACCUUUUGUUUGUAAACCACUCACUCUCCCACACCAAACCCCAUUAAAAAAAUCACCCAUUUUGCCACCACAGCUCACAGGUAUCACAGGAGUUGUUUAUCCACUUGCUGCCUCCAUCAUUAUGUUCAAAUGUCUUAUUUUGUCAAUUCGGGGUUUAAAAACCUUUAUUAAGUUUUACCUCAGUGACCCAAACUGACCACACGAGGCAGCAGUAGACCAGCAGCUCCUGUGUCCCCGCAAGCUAAAAUCACUGAUUUUCUCUAUGGGAUUUGGUGUGGGAGAGUGAGUGGUUUACAAAUUUUCAGUUUCCUGUUUGAAAAAUCUGUUUAACAGUGAAAAUAAAGAUGUAAAUAUGUUCAUAAAGAUAUUAUAGAUUUAAGAUGAUAUAAAUUUUAUGUGGUGAGUAUCUGGUUUUCAGCGGCAGGGGGCGCUAAGAGUCUACAACCACACUUUAAGGAUAUUUUACAUUUUCUUAGUUCUUUUCACUCAAUUGGUGCAGAGGAAUAGUUUUAUUUUUUGAACUGACAUUGUUGUGUUAUAAAAUAUAUAAAAUAAAGUAAUGAAUGAAUUGUCAAAGCCACUGUUCAAAUAUGAAACAUUAUUUAUGUGAUGAGCAUCAAACAAACACAUUUUUACGGAGCCCCUAAAGGGACAUCGAAAAAAAACAAAAAAUUAAACGUUUCUGGUGCGCACAAGAUACUUUCUCGUGCGAAAGGUUUAGUUUUUUGUUUUUUUUCGAUGUCCCUUUAGGGGCUCCGUACAUUUUAGUUCAUCUUCUCCAGAAAAAAUACGUAGUGUCGCCAA